UCACAAAACCAAACCUUAAACCUCAAGAUGGGGUUUCUUCACAAUCAAUAUCUCUCCUUUGUGAUACUUCUCCUUUUUGGUUUCCUCGCCAUCUCUUACGCUUGUGAAUGUAGUGACCCUCCAAAACCAUCGCCUCCACCACCGUACACUCCAUGCCCUCCCACCGCGAAGCCACCGCCACCACCAACCCCAUCUCCUCCACCACCGUACGUCAAACCACCGCCACCUCCAACCCCUUCGCCCCCACCACCGUACGUCAAGCCACCACCCCCACCAACCCCAUCGCCCCCACCACCGUACGUCAAGCCACCACCCCCACCAACCCCAUCGCCCCCACCACCGUACCCACCGCCACCGCCAACCCCAUCUCCUCCACCACCACACAUCCAGCCACCGCCACCACCAACUCCAUCGCCCCCACCACCAUACGUCAAGCCACCGCCACCGCCAACCCCAUCUCCUCCACCGCCACCAACCCCAUGUCCUCCUCCACCUCCAGCACCAACACCUAAGCCUAAGACUUGCUCAAUCAACGUGCUUAAGCUAAGCGCAUGUGUGGACGUGCUUGGCGGUUUGAUUCACAUUGGACUAGGGAAAGGCUAUGCCAAGACGAAAUGUUGCCCGGUUCUUGACGGUUUAGUGGGUCUUGACGCAGCGGUUUGUCUUUGUAGCAGCAUUAGAGCCAAGCUUCUCAAUAUUGACCUGCUUAUUCCCAUUGCUCUUGAGCUUCUUAUCGACUGUGGUAAGACUCCACCUCGUAACUUCAAGUGUCCUGCUCCACAGCAAAGGAAUCCUCUCUUGGGUUGAUCUCCUUGUGUUUCAUUUGAUUCAGUGAAAAGUAUUUACGUUCUCAAGAUUUAUGUUCUUUUUAACGUUUUCUGAUUCCUAAAUCAAUAGCCAAAAAGGACCAAAUUUUAUUA